UAUUAUUUUAAAGUCUAUGUGAAAUUGUUGAACACUGCGAAUGGUAGACAGUACCACCACGCCCAACCGAUGAUUGACAUCAUAGACACUAGCGGAAACCAUAUGUACGAUAUCAUUGGUAAAUCAGAUUAUACCUACCCAGGUCAAUGGUAUGCUUUAGGCGGUGAUUACAAUAUACCAACUAAUGCUACCAGCGUUCGAUUUUAUGUUCAGAUACCACAAGAGGGUGUGGACUACCUGGCGGAUGACGCUGAAUUAACUCUUAUUCCGUCCAUAUCUGCAUUCAGUACCGAUGUUGAUAAACAAAUAGAUAAACUAAGAAAGGCUGAUUUAUCCAUAAGCUUAGAAGGAUCAAAUCCGAGUAAUCUUGAAAUCGAGGUUCAACAAACUAGAAGUAAAUUUGGUUGGGGAUCGGCUGUUAAUGUACACUACCUCAGUAAUUCAAAGUAUGCAAAUUACAGAAAGUUUUACUACGAUCUAUUUGAAUGGGGAGUUCUGGAAAACGCUCUAAAAUGGCAGUAUUUAGAAAAAACACAGGGAAGCUUUAAACCAGAUGCUGCUUUAGGGGCUGUAAAUGACUUACUUUCAAACGGUAUUAAGGUCAGAGGUCACAAUAUAUUUUGGGAUGCCGGAAAAUACGUUCCAGUUUGGCAGAAGAGUCUAUCACCUGUCGGUAUAAAGCAAUCAUUAGAACAACACAUCAAAGAUAUGACAAGUACAUUCCGUGGCAAGUUUCAGCAAUGGGAUGUCAACAAUGAAAAUGUUCAUCUGAAAUUUUACGAAGGAAGACUGAAUGAUCCGAAUAUAACAGCGUGGAUGAUUCGAGAAGUUCAUCGGAUGGAUCCGAUCACAGAAUGUUAUCUUAAUGAUUAUGGUGUUGUUGCUAAUAAAUAUGAAACCAUGGCGUAUGUGAAUCAAGCAGUACACUUGAAGGAAUCAGGUGUACCUGUUGUUGGUAUGGGGAUACAAAGUCAUCUACACAACCUUGUUGAUGUGUCUAUUAUAAAGGUUGUCUGA